CGCACUCUGGCCACGUCGCAGAUGGAUCGCAGCGGGAUCUGAACCGCUCGCUCGGCAACUGAUACCAAGUCAACAAACACACGAGACGACGGGACGCUGAUAUAAGGGGGAGGAGGGUAAGAGAACUCUACGAGGGGCGGAAACUUGGUCCGACAAUUUCCCUCCCAUCUUCACCCUCGACUCGAACUCGAACUCGAUAGCCGCACCCUCGACCGAUUGCCCACUCGUCCUCCAAGUCGCCAUGCUGUUCGCCGUGGUCGCAACGCUUGUCGGCGGCCUGUCGUCGCUUGCCGCGGCCAAUCUGCCGGGCACGCUGCCCUCGUACCACUACGGCGCCCCGAUCCACGUCGAGUGCAUGAACCGAAGCUCUGACACGGGCGAGCACGUCGAGCUGGCCAACCACCAGCUGCAAUGGAUCCCGUUCCCGACGUGCAACGAAACCGGCGAGCCGCUGCAAUUCCAGUACGGCGUCGAGACGGAGCUCAACUGCACCAUCCCCCUCAUCACCGACCCCUUCUUCCACCUGCUCGAGUUCUACAUCCACAACGACGCGCCCCUGUCCUGCCGCCUGCCCGCCCGCCCGCCCGCCCACGUCGAGGUCGUCGGCGAGAAGCUGCCCGAGCAGGAGUACAUCCCCCUCAUCUUCGCCCUCGCCGGCACCCUGCAGCUGAGCCACAUGCACAUCAGCACCCACAUGAACGUGCUGCUGCACAGCAUGCCCAAGCACCACCCGCACCACCACGACAGCGGCGUGCUCGACUCGGCCGUCUCCUACAGCACCAGCCCGCUCAGCCACAUGACGGGCUCCUUUAGCAAGAAGCUCGUCAUUGGCGAUCCCCUGCCGCUGACCUUUUCCGUCCGCUGGUUCCCGACCCCGAUGCUGCCCAAGACGGAGGGCAAGGUGGAGUGGCAGGGCCUGGGCGGGCACAUUUACGCCAGCACCGUCUUUUACAGCCUCGUUUCGUUCAUCGCUGGCAUGCUGGUGGCUGGCAUGUACACCAUGGGCGUCAUCCUGCCGCGGAGGCUCAAGGGACGGUCCAUGGGCGGAGCUACGCCGCUGGGAUACGGGGUGGGCAAUGGCUGGGGAUACUCUAAGAGGAAGGACUAAAGGUGGUUGAGGAAGGGCUGAGUAUAGUGUUUCUUUUUUGCGUGUUCCUGUAUGUAACGGAUAUGGCGU